AUGCCUUAUAUGUUAGUAAGAACUUCCACUCACAAUAGACUUCUUAAUGUUCCAAGGCACAUGAACGUAAAUUUCCAUGGCGACAAAGUCAAAUUUUAUUGCAACACAGCUGUGUUCGCUUCGGCUUUUUCAAACGCUUACCUAUUUGUAAUAGCCGUGGCAUCUCACAUAUUUACGGUUUCAGCUUUGGCAUUGGAAAAACCAAUCGGAAACGAGAAUUCACUCUAUUUAAAGAAGCAUUCAGCUCCGAUGUUCCAAGAUUUCACGCAAUUUCAGCCCGACUGCCGUGCAGGACGAUUUGACACAAAAAAACGUGUACGAUUCGAUUUCCAUGCAAUUCAAGAAACAAAAGGAUCUUCUGAUUUUACAGUUAAUGCACAAACUCCGAUUACUACUGAAAAUGUUAAUAAAUUGCUUGCAGAUAUUUCCGAAUUGGAACUUUUGGAGAGGUCACAAUAUAUCCCCCGCCUAUUUUGA